CCUGUGUCCGCCAUCUUGCGGCCGGUGACUGAGGCGAUCUCGGCCCGUGACAGUAGAACGGAGAGUGUGGACAGAGCGAGGGGUACAGAUCGGGCGCCGUACUCUGCACAGCCGGGCUAUACCGGCCCUGAGCGCUAAACGCGGAUCUGGAUGAGACAGCCGUGGCGGAACACUGCUGCAGUACACUGGCCGUUGUGUUUUUCACUUUCCAGCCCAAAUGUAUGUGAAUGGUCAUCUUCCAUAUCUACUGUGAGACUAACUCUGUUUCUUUACAAGCUCGCUGCUACGUGAGGAGCAUUCCGCCAAAAUGUUCUGGAAGUUUGACCUGAACACAACGUCGCAUGUGGACAAGCUCCUGGAAAAGGAGGAUGUGACCUUGCUGGAGUUAAUGGAUGAGGAUGACUUGCUUCAGGAGUGCAAGGCUCAGAACCAGCGGCUGCUGGACUUCCUUAGCCAGGCUCAGUGCAUGGAGCAGCUUGUUCAACUCAUCACGCAAAAACCUCCUGAAGAUAUGGAGGAGAAGGUCCGAUUCAAGUAUCCUAACAUUGCCUGUGAACUGCUUACGUGUGAUGUGCCACAAAUUAAUGACAAAUUAGGUGAAGAUGAGCACCUACUCAACAUCCUCUAUGACUUCCUACAACAAGAACCCCCUCUUAACCCGCUGCUUGCCAGCUUCUUUAGCAAGUCCAUCGGAAACUUGAUAGCAAGGAAAACUGAGCAAGUCAUUGGGUUCCUGAGGAAAAAGGAACACUUCCUCGCAUUGGUGCUGGAUCACAUUGGUACUUCAGCUAUGAUGGACUUGUUACUUCGUCUCAUCAGUUGUGUGGAGCCGGCUCCCCUGAGACAAGAAGUGCUAAAUUGGUUGAAUGAGGAAAGGCUUAUUCAGCGACUAAUAGAUCUUAUUCACGGCAGUCAGGAAGAAGAUAGGCAGUCUAAUGCAUCUCAAACUUUAUGUGAUCUAAUCCGAUUGAGCAGAGAUCAGUGCAAUCAAAUGCAGGAGAUAUUAGAGACUGAUCCUUUGUUAGUAACUCUUGAAUCGCAGCAGUGUGUGGAGCAACUUUUGCACAAUAUGUUUGAUGGAGAGCAGACUGACAGCUGUGUUGUUAGUGGCACUCAGAUCUUGCUGACUCUACUGGAAACUAGAAGAUCAAGUACGGAUCCUCUCCUAGAUUCAUUUCCUCAGGGAUAUGAAAGACCAGCUCCUGCUGUAGUAAGCAGUAGUAUUCUUCACGGUAUAGAAUCACGCCUGAAGGAUUUUCACCACCUGCUUCAAAAUCCUCCAAAGAAAGAAUCAAUCUUGACCACUAUUGGUAUUCUGGAAGAACCUUUGGGCAAUGCCCGUCUCCACACUACACGCCUCAUCGCUGCCUUGUUGCACGCCAAUACUCCCAGUAUUAACCAAGAGCUCUGUCAGCUUGGUACCAUGGAUCUCUUACUUGACCUGUUUUUUCGGUACACCUGGAAUAAUUUUCUACAUGUCCAGGUUGAGUUUUGUAUAGCGGCAAUCCUCUCCCAUUCUCUGCAAGAUGGAAGAAAUGCUUCAAUUGUGGAUGAGAGAAAAAAUGAAGAGUCACUUAAUGGCAAUACAGAAGAGUCUGAGAAAUCAGUACCUGAGGAAGAGGAUCUCAUGAUUACACAUCUUUUCCAGAAAUGCUGCCUGGUACAAAGAAUAUUGGAUGCCUGGGAUACAAAUGACAAGAUUCAGGCUGCAGGAGGGAUGAGAAGAGGGAACAUGGGUCACUUAACGCGCAUUGCCAAUGCAGUUGUACAGAAUAUGGAGAAGGGUCCUAUGCAAGCACAGAUCAGUGAUAUUAUUACAGAGCUGCCUGAAGAUUGCAAAGGAAGAUGGGAGACUUUUGUUGAGGAAACAUUGACUGAAACUAAUCGCAGGAACACUGUGGAUUUGGUGAAUACUCACCACCUGCGUUCCUCAAGCGAAGAUGAAGAUAUUGACAGUGCUUUUCCGAAUGAAUUGUCUGUGCAGCAAGCCUUCUCUGACUAUCAAGUUCAACAAAUGACUUCUAACUUUGUGGAUCAGUUUGGUUUUAACGAUGAGGAAUUUGCUGAACAGGAAGAUAACAUUAAUGCACCGUUUGACCGAAUCACAGAGAUUAACUUUAACUUGGAAGCGGAAGAUGAAAAUCCUAAUGCUGCUCUGUUUGAAGCAUGCUGCAAUGAGCGUAUCCAACAGUUUGAUGAUGAAGAGGAAGAUAUUUGGGAAGAAAAGGAGAUUGGUUAUGGAACACAAGUUAAAUCUAGAACUCGCUGCCGGUUUGGGGUGUCAUCUUCAGAAGAUUCAUCCCGCAGUGAUCUGGAAAAUGGAGAGCCAGGAGCCAGCCCUGCAUCUGAUGAUGAAGAGGAACCAGGUCGUACUGAAGAGAAAUCACCACCUCUCAGUCCAAUUCGUAGCAACUCGCCCACACAAAAAGAUGGUUCCGCUACAGAAGAGACAGGCUGGAGUGCAGUGUUUGAAGAGCCAGUGAACUCCAAGCCACCCACUCCAUGUGUGGCUUUAGAUGUUGGCUCCAGUGUGUGGGAUGCACCUGCCCCUGAGACAUCCACCCCAGAGGAGAAGGGAUGGGCCAAAUUCACUGACUUCCAGCCAUUCUGUUGCUCUGAAUCUGGUCCCCGGUGUAGUUCUCCAGUAGAUACUGAGAGCAGUGGUUCUGACGGACAUACCAAACAGAGCCAGGAAAAGUUCUUUAGUACUGCGUCCCCCUGCGUGUGGAAUGUGUGUGUAGCCAGGAAAGCCCCAGUCGUUGGUUCAGAUAGCAGUUCCUCUGGUGGCUCAGACAGUGAGGAGGAAGAAAAAACGAAUAUAGUGACUGAAACCAUCAGCACUGGAGCUGGACAUGAGACUAUCAGACUCACCAUGGACACCAAGAAUGAGAAGGCCACGUUUAGUAGCAAUCCCGAUGACCUAGCCAUUGAUCAGUUGACAAUUGCGGAUGUCAGAUGUGCAAAAGAAAACCAUCCAUGUAGUAGUAGCACGGAGGAUGAAGCUAAAGAGCAGUGUUCAGCAGCUGCAUGCAUCAAAAACGCACAAUGUUCUUGCAGAGAAAAGAGCCAUGGAGAUGUUGCCGUAAAUUCUGAGACCACAUUGAACGGUCCUGCAUGACACAACUCUUGCUGCUCCAAACUACAUCUGGUGUGAGGCGGGACCUCUUACUCCCAGGGACCUUUAUGCAAAUGAAGAAACAUCUGAUUUGUUUGGAGAACUGUAUGCCAGCUGAGAGAACUGCAAAGAAAAUAUGAUAGAUAUUGGAAAAUGAGACAGCUUGGAAAUCUUUCUGUAGGAGUUUGUUAAACACAACCCCUAUGGAUGCUCUGAGAUGAAUACUGCCUUGUGCUUAUGCAGCUUCUUCCAUAUCCUUUUGUUGUCAUGGCUAUCUCCCUGCUGUAAAAGAAUAACAGGUCAGCUGGAAAAUGAGCAUGGCCAAGUUAUUGGUGCCACCCUGUCUACGAACUACAUAAGGCUACUUCCUUAUUGUUUUUAGCAAUAAUUCCACCCAUUUUUAUCAUAAACGCUCUCCAUGCUUGCAGACAUGAACUUUUCCCAGCUGUAUGGAGCAGUCCUUCGAAUCACAAGCUGGACCAGUGCGUGCCAGGAACACAGGAUGCUGGUACCAAUGGUUGGCAGUUGUAUUUCUGUUUCCAUGCACUUUAUCUUACAAUGCUUCUCAAGCACCUUUUAAUAAUGAAAUGGACAUCAUUUUUAGUUCAAUACGUAAACGUUAAUCGCCUGAAAAGUGAUUUCUGUUGGGUCGGCUUUGGUUUUUUUAUCAGGUAAUACUACAGUCCAUACCCAGAGAGCUCAUACAUUGAAAUGAUUUUGCAGGUAUUGCUUGGUCAGUAAUUAUUGUGCCAGCAUUGAAAUCAUUUCUUUUC